AUGUUGGACGCUACCAGACCCAAUAGCGCUCCUACCUCACCAUCAUCUCCCACAAACAUACAUCACCAACAUCAUCAUGACGAUGUACAACCCUUCUCUUCUUCUUCCUCUCCUCCUUCCAACCCUUCCUCUCCCAAACUGUCUCAUAAAUCAAAUCCUUCAUCCCGAAGAGCCUCCGCUCGAUUCAACAACAGCACAAACGCAUCCAACUCUCAAAAACGUCUCUCUGUAAAUCUUCUUCUCAACAAACUCACCAACAUGACGAGUAAUAACAAUGCCAGCAGCACUGCCAUGAAUGGAGCUCAUGCCUCCACGCCGCAGCCAACUCGAAUUUUUCUGGCGCCACUUCUUCCUUACUGUAUUGAGGGUUUAAAUACUCAACUCACUCAGCAAGGAAGCCAGAUUAUUAUAGGUGUACCGUAUAGGGAAGGAUGGGGCUAUCGAAAAACAACCCAUUGGCCCUACUUGUAUAAUAAGAGAUAUUUUGUAUUGAAGAAUCAUCAUUUGAGAAUUUAUCGGACCCAAGAGGAUUUUAAACAACAUCAAAUUUUGUCUGCUCAAUUAAUCAAUACACAACAGAAUGCAUCAUCAAGCUUGAAUAAUAGCAGUCAUCUCAACAAUUUUACGGGUGGCACGAGUUUCAAUAGCUCUUCCUCUCAUUAUAAUGAAGAUGACAAUACGAGUAUUAUUUCAACCACUCCAACUUCAGCCACAAUUGGUACUGCUGCGAACAACAACAAUAAUAACCCUGUUUUCACGGAUCCUGCAACCAUGAUUAAUGAAUUCAUUCUGUACAAAAUUCCUCUCAAGUAUUGCAAAUUAACGAAAUUUCAUACAGUGAAGGGUAAUGAUGGACAACAUUCUGCGGUCAAUGUUUUGGACUAUCGAAGAAGCGAGGAUCAUCACAACGAUUUGGAUGGAACAAGCAACAAUGAGGCAACAUCAUCGAAUAAGGAACAUUCAAAGAUUACCACUGCCAAUACUACUGCUGCUGACGAUGAUGAAUUGGAGGAAUUUGAAUUACACUUUCUACCUCCAGCAGAUUAUACAGGUACUGGAGUAGUGGGUUCUAAGAGUUAUAAAAUCAAUAAUCCCAAUGGAGAGAGCGAAAAACAAUCGGAAGAUCAUGCAAAUAGUCAUGGAACCAACGAAGAGGGAGGCUCCUCGUCGAUGGCCAAUUCAGCAAUUUUCAAACUCAAAUUCAAGAGAACCAAAGACUCUCAGAGAGCCACAGAUUGGUUCUCAACAUUGGAUAAAGCAAUUUUCCUUGCAAGCAAGGCCUCUGAGGAAGAAGAACGAUCAAAUUAUGAGCAAAAGGAGAAGGAUUUUGAUGAAGAAGAAUGGCUCUCCAAAUACAAACAAGAGCAACAACAAGACAUGAUGGAAUUACCUGUUUUUUUACGACCUCUCCAAAUGCAAAUGCAACACAAUGAAGAGUUGCACGAUCAGCAAGAAAAACUUAAAGCGCAACAAGAGAGCAAUUCACGAUCCAUGUCCCUCAAAAAACGUUUAUCACAAUACUUUAUGGGAGGUUCUAACAACAAUAAUGCCAACUCGAAUUCGAACAGCAAGAGAAACUCGAAAGGUCUUGAUAUUAGUGGAAGCAAUGUUGAAUCUGACGACUCAGCCUCACAGCACACACCUUCCACAACGACAUGA